AUGCUAUCUCCUGUAGAAAAAAAGCAAUUACGCGGGAAAAUGCUAGAGUUAACUAAUGUACCUGAUCAAAGUAAUGAUAUUGGAACAAUUUCAAAACAUUUUUCAGCGUUCGGAGACAUUUCUUCAAUUUAUAUUGGUUCAAAUCGAGCAGAGAUUAAAUUUAUGAAUACAAAUUCAUUAGAAAACGCAAUAAAUUCAUCAAAACCAUUUGCAAACAAUAGAUUAGUUAAGUUUCACUCCCUUCAACGCGAUAAAAGCAAAUACACAAAUUUGGCAGAAUAUGUAAGCAUGAAAGCUAUCGAAAAGAAAUGUAGAGCUAUUCAAAACGAAAAAUCUUUGAAACGAAAACAAAUUAGAAAAAAGACCAAAGAAAUUCAAAAUAAUAUACAAGAUAUAUUCACAGAAUCUGAGAAACUCUUUAUUAAAAUUGGAGAUGCAAAUGAAACGGAUAAAAAGAUUUUAUUAAAGUAUUUAAAAAGCUUAUCUUCAAUGAAGAAGGAUUACGAAUCACAACUAGAAGAUUUACAAAGAGAGUAUGAAUUUAUGUAG